AUUGCCAUUGAUGUAUAUUGCAUUUGCUACAAUUUUUCUAUUACUUUAGCUUGAUGUCUUUACGAAGUGGAAUUGUAGCUAAGAAUUGUAAAAUAUGUGAUAUGGGUGCCAUAAAUUGUUGAAUGUGAUAUUUUAUAUUUUUAGGUGAAUUCUGAAUUGUCAUUCUUAUAAUGUCUUGAGUACUUAAUGACAUCCUUGCUUGAGUUUUGCUAUCAUUUCCCAUGCAAAAAUAUUCUCGUACUACAAGGAUUCUUCAUUUCGCAUUCUUGGCUCAAGACUCAAUAUUUAUGCCCGAAUUUGUAGUAAAUUAUUAAUAACUACAUAAUCGAAGGCAUGUAUAUUUGUCUUGUAUCAAGAAGCAGGGCACUUUAAAACAUAUUAUUAUUGCUCUUUGAAAAUGUAUGUGUUCUUGUAUUUGUGGAACUCUGCGGGUACAAGAAUAUAAGAAACUUCGCACUGUCCUUUGUCAGAUACCUAGUCAUAGUUUCUUCUUAAGCCACCAAUUUGGAGUCAAGAAAGUUGCUUCGUGGGUACAUCCUAGCCCUCACUUCACAACUUUUCUUAGAAUUGCACACUAAAUGAUUAGAUUUACCAGUCUGAUUGAUUACAAAUGCAGUAGGGACCUCAAUUAUCUUUAGUUAAUAUAAUGGAAAAUUUUGCUGAUAAAUUGAAUAUAGUGCCAAUUUUCUUAAAAUUCUUAGUUGCAAAUAAUUCUUAAUUUCUAGAUUGCACUCUCUCUGUCCAGUUAAACCCAAACUGGAUUGAUUUCUCCAAUUGUUAAAUUUUUAUUAUUUUUAUUAUUAUUAUUUUUUUCAACAGUUAAAACUAGAUGAGGUUGUGUAGUGGUGACAUCACGGUUAAUUGAGUCAAGCUACGGAAUGUCAUUCUUCUCAGCUCAGCUUAGCUCAACUUUACUAAAUCUAGAUGUACACUUUUGAAAGAAACUUUAGGCGAUGGAGAAAGAAGCUUUACUUUAUGCUGCUCUUUUAUUGCAAUGAUGGAGCUUCAUAUAUUACCACUUUUGGGUGUUGAUGACAUGGAUUUUAGACAAAGGAAAAGUUUACAUGUAUAUAAUUAUUGCACAUAAUGUUGUCCAUAAUGUGAUGUGACAAUUAUUCGGUUGAUGUGAAAGUGUGAGAUUUGAAUUAAAGGUUGGAUGCCAUUAUGUAGACAAUUAUGUACAUAUAGUACUUCCCUUAGACAAAAUAUGAUCAUUCACUAUGAAAUUAGGAUGGACGCUGAAGGAAGUAUCUCCCAGUUGGGCUUUCCGUUUUCACUUGCUAUAAAGGUCAAGUUUUUUGGGACCAUAUUAGCAUCUACUUCUAGUAUUUUCAUAUUGAUUUUUUUUGCAACAUGUUCACCAAGCUUUUCCUGCUCCUGCACCUAUGUAAAAUGGGGUUUUAAGCCAACCGAUCCAGCUAUUCCCUAAUCCACCCCAACUUUUAAAAAUAUCUAUAAAUAUUACAUUUUUACCUACUAAAAUUUAAUUACAACAUUUGAAAAUAUUUAGUUUGAGAAUCUCUAAAAUAUAAGUAUGUGUUUUAAUUUAAAUGUUUAGUUUUUUUCCGUCAUUUGAUCAUUAUGAAUGGUUAAUGAAUGUUAUAAAUUGCACUCAAAAAAUAAAACUUAUUGAUUUAUAGUUCAUACUGCUUUCCUUUUUUUUUUUCUUUUUUUUGGGCUUAACCAAAAUAAAUUUUCUAAAUGGGAAAUAUUCAUGCUAGCUCCAGUUCUUAAUGCGGUGGCCGGUGGGGAUGAGAAAUACAUAACCAAUCCCGACCUCCCCAUUACCAUUCGUAUGUGUUGCCUAUGGUGCUCAGCGAUCAGUUUUGAGCGGAUUGGGGCACUCAUUACAGCGGGAGUUCUCACAGCUGGUCUGAUUAGUUUCAGACAGGGAAAUUCUAACUUGGGUCAGAAACUAAUGAGAGCUCGUGUGGUCGCCCAAGGUGCUACUGUGGCUCUAAUGGUUGGAACAGCUUAUUACUAUGGGGAGAAAUUUUGAUGUUCUCUUCACAUGAAGAAUAAAUUCCUUUCCGGCUUCUUUAUUUUCCUGUUUCCAUUGUCCUUUUAGGCGAAGGAAGGUUUGUGUACGGCACUUAUACGUUCUGUAUGCUUCACAAUUUUGAUGUUGGGCAUACGGUUUUUGCUGUCGAUCAAAGUUGAAAUGUUCAGAAACACAAUAUUCUGUUUUAAAACAUAAAGGAAAUUUUCGUUUAUAAGAAAAAGUCGAUUGGUCUA